CUCACAUUCCCACCUCACCUACUCCGUACCUCCAACAAAUCUACCAGACUUUUCCAAAACCAUUAACACACACUCCUCCCAUCCACCUCCCAUUCAUCAUCAUCAUCACCUCCCUCCACUCUUAUCAUUCCGUUUCCAUACUUCAUCUUCUUACUACUACUUUCUAACCUCCACCUCUCCAUCUCUUUAUACUUCACCUCUCAUCACCCUCACUUCCUCCUCCACCUAUACUUUGCCGUCGCCCACCCCUGGUGAACGUGACCUUCAUUAAGCUGCAAGCUCAGUCUGCCAUUUGUGUAUCAUACAGAGCAGACUCUUGUAUCAAUUGAUCCCCUUCCCCUCAUUGAAUAACUAAACAUACAGUGACCAUGGGUUUGAACUACUACGCCUCGUCGCCAACCGUCGUGCUCCCACCUCAGCAGCCGCACGCAUACUACUCGCCUCACCAGCGUGCCCAUUCUCCAUCAUCCAUGGGUAAUUUCCGCCCAAAAUAUCCCACUCCUCCGUCACUCAAUUACCUUGCUGCAGUGUCUAAUGCUACGGCUGGGCGAAAACGAUCCAUCACCGACGUCGACGACCCUGAAGAGAAUGCCCCAAUGGGAACAGCCGUCUCCCAAUUACCCGUCAAGCCGACCUCACAGCCCAUCUACGGCCCGGGUAUGACCCUUAUCUACCCCGACGAGCCUGGCUUCAACAUCGCUGCCGACUCACAGACCGGAACCUGGCGCGAAGAGAAGCAAGAGAGAGAGGAAUCUGCUGCACCCGUCCGACCCAUCGCCACUUCGCGCAAAUCACAGCGCAUGCAUGCGGCUGGUGAUGCCACCAUCUCUUCGCUAAACGACAUGGCCGUUAAAUCUCCGGCCGGCAUCAUUGACGAACACGGAAACACCAUCGACACACUAAUUACCUCGCUCGGCGUUGGAUGGAAGAACAUCAUGACCAACCCUGUCUUUCGCGAUGCCUCGCGCGCCUACUCUCGCGUCAUUGAGAACCACUUUGACCUUACCGACGCAGUAGUCAUGUUGGAGAAGGAAUCACUGUCUGCAUAUCUCGUCCGCGCAAAGCAACAUGGUGUCCAGGGAUAUUGGCUCUUCUCCGACAGCCUUCAGUGGUGCCAGCCUGUCGGCUGGUCGCUUCAACGAACUGUGUCAAAUCUUUCUUCUGGCCCAAUCCCUCAAGUUGAAGGGGAACGAAUCAACGCUCGCGAGCGCACACCAUCAUCCGAGCCUAUCACGCCUCCAUCACAAGACAUGGACGUAGCCGUUGCCGUGGUCGACGACGACGCGAUGCAGAUGUGAGCACCCGCAGACCGCUUCGCGCAAGCUUGCUUUAACACCCACUACUGCCCGCGUUACAAGAUCCGAAAAGUCUCAUGUUUUGCUCUCGCAGGAUAGACUGCUCACCUCUUGCUUUCCUCUUCGCAUUCCUUCCUUACCACUAUCUUGUCCUUCCGCAUCCUUAUCUCGCUAUCAUCAACAUUUCUUAUGGCGCCCAUCAGGGGGGUUUUCUCUGGAUUCCUAUUGACUUUCCUUCUCCGGUGCUUCCAUCCGGAGCAUUCUCGGGAACUCGGCGUUCUGGUGAUGGAUUCGGCUUCUUCCUAGCCGACGGCGGAUCUCUAUUGACCAUGUAUCCUAGCUAUCUUAUCGUGACUGCUUGAUCGCCCGUUUCGAUCGCAGCACUCGUUCACGCCACAUUCAAAAUCUGAAUAACUACAUUAACAAUGAAAGAAGAAUAUUUAUUAU